AUGGCAUCGGGUAUGCCCACAGCUGGUGGUCUAUAUUGGUGGACGCACUACUUUGCUGGAAAGAAGUAUAAAAAUGCGUUGAGCUUUCUGGUUGGCUACAGCAACACGCUGGGCCUGAUCGGCGGAAUCUGCUCUGUGGAUUACACUCUCGCGCUCAUGAUCCUCGCCUGCGUCUCCAUAACCCGCGAUGGCAGUUAUUCCGCCUCCAAUGGCACCAUCUACGGCGUCUAUGUCGGUCUCAUCCUAGUCCACGCCGUCGUCAGCAUCUACUCCGGACCAAUCAUGCCGCGCAUCCAGACAUUCUGCAUCUUCAUCAACAUUGCCAUUAUCAUCGCUACAGUCAUCGCUCUGCCCGUCGGCAAAGUGACUCGCGGGGAGUCUCUCAACGCAGGCACUUGGGUCUUUGGGCACGUGGACAACGAGAGUACAUGGCCAACAGGUUGGAACUUCAUCCUCGCCUUCCUCGCGCCAAUCUGGUCGAUCGGAUUCUUCGACUCUUGCGUGCACAUGAGCGAGGAAGCCCUCCACGCCGCCAAAGCCGUCCCCCUUGGAAUUAUCUGGUCCUCCGGAUGCGCAUGCGUAUUCGGAUUUCUCGUCCUGAGCAUUAUCGCCUCGGUCAUGAACCCGGACGUCAACGCCACAAUCAACUCCGUAUUCGGCCAGCCCAUGGCCCAAAUCUACUACGACGCACUUGGAAAAAAGGGCGCGCUCGGAUUCAUGGCCGUGCUAAUCGUAAUCCAAUUCCUAAUUGGCCUGAGCCUGGUAUGCCUGCCCUUCCCUAUUUCACACCCAACAUUUACAAUCUACCCAAUUCUCAAUACUAACCCAACAAAUAACAGAUCACUGCUGCCUCUCGCCAAGCCUGGGCCUUCUCCCGCGAUGGUGCUCUCCCCUUCUCGAACUACUUCCGCCAUGUCAGUCGUCGCAUCCGCUACCAGCCCGUGCGCGCAAUCUGCGGCCUCGUUGCCGUCAGUAUCGUUUUCGGCCUCCUCUGCCUCAUCAACUCCGUCGCAGCGAACGCACUCUUCUCGCUCUUCGUGGCCAGCAACUACGUCGCGUGGGCGACGCCUAUCCUCUGCCGCUUGA